CAGACAGUUUCUAAGAUCCAUCCAGAGCAGUCCGGCUGCAGUAUUAGAAGAUGUGAGACACGGCGCUGUACAAGCUUUGAUCAUAUUGAUCGACACUGUUGCUCAAGGGAGGAGGGUUCAUAUCACCUCUAAACAAACAGAACACCAGCUGAGUCAGCUGUUUGCUUCUGCCCCUGGUUGGACUUGUGACUCUCAGGUUUAUCGUUGUCUGCAGCCGUUGUUCUGACAGGGCCCGUUGCAGACUCCUCGUACGUUGCUGCCGUGUACGAGCACAAUGUGAUCCUGAACCCGAACCCUCAUGUCCCCCUGUCGCGCCCCGAGGCCCUCCAACACAUGCAGAAAAACCUGGACAUCUAUGAGGAGCAGGCUGCCCGGGCCGCUCAGCAGGGUGUCCAGAUCCUGGUGUUUCCAGAAGAUGGUAUUUAUGGUUUCAACUUCACCCGAUCGUCCAUCUCCAGCUACCUAGAAACCGUUCCUGACCCCCAGCAGGAGAGCUGGAACCCCUGCACAGAGCCGGACACACACAACAACACUGAGGUUCUCCAGAGGUUGAGCUGUAUGGCCCGUCGUCACAACCUCUACCUGGUGGCCAACAUGGCUGACCUGCAGCCCUGCCCUCUGAGGACCAACCCGUCCUCCUCCUGCCCCCCUGACGGACGCUGGCAGUUCAACACCAACGUGGUGUUCAGGUCGGAUGGCCUGCUGGUGGCCCGCUACCAUAAACAAAACCUCUACUGGCCUGAAGUGGCCUUUGACUCGCCGUCACAACCUGAGAUCAUCACGUUCGAUACACCUUUUGCUGGAAGGUUUGGCACAAUGAUCUGCUUCGACAUCCUGUUCCAUGAGCCCACGAUUACCCUGGUGGAGCAGGGCGUGCGUCAGUUCAUCUACCCCACAGCUUGGGUCAAUAUGCUCCCUCUAAUGGAUUCAGUGCAGUUCCAGCGGGCGUUCAGCUUGGGUGCCAAUGUCAGCCUGCUAGCAGCCAACCUACGUCAUGAUCAGAGGAAAAUGACAGGAAGUGGUAUCUACUCCCCUUUGUCUGCCACCUACCACCACGCACAGAGAGGAGACCCGGAGGAGGGCCGACUGCUGGUGGCCAGGGUGCCAGUCUUAGACCCACUGUGGUUGAAUCAGAGCGUGGCCUCGGAGGAGGGCGUAGUCAGGGAGGACUCCACCUCUUCUACAGCUACAGACUCUGAAGCCUGUCAGCAAGAGAGCUGUUCUACUACUCCUCCUUCAGAUAGUGCGUCUUCAGUCCCUCCCUCCUCCACCACCUUCAUCUCAUCCAUGAUGUAUGAUCCGUAUACGUUUGUCCUCUUAAACGAGACGGAGGGGGAAGUGAAGGUGUGCAAUGGGACAUUUUGCUGCUCCCUGCAGUACCAUCGUUCACCUCAGAGCAGCAGUGAAGAGCUCUACGCAUUGGGAGUCUUUGCAGGAACACACACAGUGUUUGGACGCUUCGCCCUGCAGGUGUGUGCACUGGUCCGCUGUGCAGGGUCGGACAACGCUUCCUGUGGACAGGAAGUUGAAGAGGCUGAGACUAAGAUGGACUUCCUGUUGGAGGCGACGUUUGGGACCAAAUAUGUGUAUCCAUCAGUUCUGGCUAGUAAGCUGGUCCUGGAGCAGCCAGAACACCUGGAAACAUCUGCAACUGGCAGAGUGAGCAUGAAACACUCCAACAUGACUGGUGGGCUGGUUACUGCCGCCCUGUCUGGACGGAUGUAUCACCUGGACAGUCAGUGAAGUAGUUUGGAAAACGUGUGUGUCAGUUACACACUUGACUUCUGUAAUGUGCACAGUGAAAUAAAGAACUUUUGUGACGGUUGUGCAAGAA